GAAAGUGCAUUUGUAGGUGUCAGAAUGGCGAUGUCAGAGCAGCUGGAAUCUGGGGGGGGCUGUUCCUCUAAGUCGUUCAAGCUGUACUCCCCAAAGGAGCCCCCCAACGGUAGCACUUUUCCUCCCUUCCACCCCGGCACCAUGCUGGACAGAGACGUGGGACCCACUCCAAUGUACCCCCCCACAUACCUGGAGCCAGGAAUUGGGAGGCACACGCCGUACGGCAACCAGACGGACUACAGAAUAUUUGAGCUGAACAAGCGGCUACAGAACUGGACGGAGGAAUGUGAUAACCUGUGGUGGGACGCUUUCACCACAGAGUUCUUUGAAGACGACGCCAUGUUGACCAUCACCUUCUGUCUGGAAGAUGGACCCAAACGUUACACAAUUGGUCGGACGUUAAUCCCUCGCUACUUCCGGAGCAUCUUUGAGGGCGGGGCCACUGAGCUUUACUACGUGCUGAAGCAUCCCAAGGAGUCGUUUCACAACAACUUUGUGUCCCUGGACUGCGACCAGUGCACCAUGGUCACCCAGAAUGGAAAGCCCAUGUUCACGCAGGUGUGCGUGGAAGGCCGGCUGUACCUGGAGUUCAUGUUCGAUGAGAUGAUGAGGAUAAAGACGUGGCACUUCAGCAUCAGACAACACCGUGAACUCAUCCCCCGCAGCAUCCUGGCCAUGCAUGCUCAAGACCCACAGAUGCUGGACCAGCUGUCCAAAAACAUAACGAGAUGCGGCCUGUCCAACUCCACCCUCAACUACCUCCGACUCUGUGUGAUCCUGGAGCCCAUGCAGGAGCUCAUGUCCCGACACAAGACCUACAGCCUCAGCCCCAGAGACUGCCUCAAGACCUGCCUCUUCCAGAAAUGGCAGAGGAUGGUGGCGCCGCCCGCCGAGCCGUCCAGACAGGCUCCCAACAAGCGGCGGAAGCGCAAGAUUUCAGGCGGCAGCACCAUCAGUGGAGGGGGCGGAGCUAAUAACAACAACAACAACAAAAAGAAGAGUCCAGGCAGCGGCUUCCCUCUGUCCAGCCAAGUUCCAGACGUGAUGGUGGUGGGAGAGCCCACACUGAUGGGCGGAGAGUUCGGCGACGAGGACGAGCGUCUGAUCACGCGGCUGGAGAACACGCAGUUCGAUGCGGCCAACGGCAUCGACGACGAGGACAGCUUCAACAACUCCCCGGCGCUGGGCUCCAACUCCCCCUGGAACAACAAGGCCCCCUCCAGCCAGGAGAGCAAGAGCGACAACCCCACCUCACAGGCAUCACAGUAGAACCUGGAGCCCGCACCCCCCACACACACAAACCGCAUCCGACCCCCGCCCCCGUCCCCAACGCCAUGACUGCAACCAAACAGGCCGCCGUCUGACUGCCGGGCGCUGCUGUAGCAUUCAGAUUCCCCUCAGACCCCCUGCGGGGGCUCGGUCUGCCCCGGGACCCAGGCGGAGGAGGGUUUUCAGGACUGCCCCCCACCUCAAUAUUUUGGCACCGUUUCUUUCAGAGUCCCUGUUGCUGAUUCGCCUGGUGAGACGGCUCGUUUGGGCCGGUCCAGCAGGAGCUUGAUCCACCAGAACUGAGUGCCUGCCCCCCCCAUGCUGAAGGUUUCUAUGCAGGACAGGCGGGGGAGAAGGGGCGGGGCUUGGUGAAAACUGGACGUACACACACCUCCUGGUCGCAGUGCGGUCUGCGGACGCUCGAGUCGCUGGUGUGUGUGGGUGUGUGUGUGGGUGAGAGUAAAGUUUGUGUGAGGAAAGUGUGUGAGCGGCUCGGCGGAAGCAGACGGACCAGAAUCAGAACCGCUCGGUCCAAGGAAGGCUGUGGUGUGAGACAGCAUCACACACACUCACACACACAGACCCUGUGAGUACCGCCAAUGCAGUCUUUACCAGAGCAUUUACACACACACACACGCACACACACACAUUUUAAGAGUUUUUAUACAGUCUAUAUUUCCCUAGAAUGUUUUUUAAUUUGUAUCAAACGCCUUCAUUUCGAUUGUUUUUGAUUUUCUACAAAUACUGAAAAGCUACAGACCAAGGAGCAACGCAGGACCCCCCCCCUCUCUAAAAUAUAUUGUUUUUAUCUUUUAUGUUUAUAAAAGAGAAAUAAUUUAGUGUGGAUGUUUUUAUUUUGUCUUUUUGUUUCUUUUGGAGGAUUUUUGUGUAUUUGUGCUUGUAUAUUUAAGGUAGUAGCAAAGUUCUGUCUGACUGUAAUAAAAUGUAUUCUUAGAUUAAAGCCAUCCCGAUCUAAUGUAAAGAAAGAAACUGAAUCUGCCCCCCACCCCACCCCACCACCAUCUGCUGUCCUCCCUCUGUCAGUUUGUUGUUUCUGAACGGAGACGUUCCCUCCUGGGGGGCAGUGACUCCCCCAGGGCCGCUGACUUUCUUAGCCUUUUUCUGUCUGAGCGUUUCUCUCCCUUCGUGGGUCUUUGCCCGGCGGCAGAGGCGGUUUCCGGCUGAACACUUGGCUCAGCGUCACCGCCGCCGCGCGCCGGUGGGAGUCCAGCACCAGAUUUAUUUGAUGUUUGUUUCAGUUGAUUCCAGCAGGAUUUUAAUCAAGUCUGAACGGUGGCUUGUACCUUCUCCAAACCCCUGUAGAAAAAUCAUUGUUUGAUAAAUAUAUAUAUAUAUAUUUUUGAUUUGGUUAGUUUCUGCCCUUAAUAAUUAAUGUAUGGUACCAAUAAAACAAUACAUUUUCACUUCCA